CGAGACCGAACGAGAGGAUAAGUUAAGGAAACAUAGCGAUGUCUAAUUUGUUAAAGAACAAGGGAUCCCUCCAGUUUGAGGACAAGUGGGAUCUGAUGCGCCCCAUUGUCCUUAAGUUGCUUCGCCAAGAGUCCGUAACUAAGCAGCAGUGGUUCGAUCUCUUCUCAGAUGUUCAUGCAGUUUGUCUAUGGGAUGACAAAGGACCAGCAAAGAUCCACCAGGCCCUCAAAGAGGACAUCUUAGAUUUUAUUAAGCAGGCCCAAGCGAGAGUGCUAAGUCAUCAAGAUGACACGGCGCUCCUCAAGGCUUACAUCGUGGAGUGGAGAAAGUUCUUCACGCAGUGUGACAUACUACCUAAACCGUUCUGCCAGCUAGAGAUCACCCUGAUGGGCAAACAGGGCAGCAAUAAGAAGUCCAACAUGGAGGACAGCAUUGUUAGGAAGCUGAUGCUGGACACUUGGAAUGAAUCCAUAUUCUCCAAUAUCAAGAAUAGACUGCAGGAUAGUGCAAUGAAGUUAGUCCAUUCUGAACGGUUGGGAGAGGCGUUUGACUCGCAGCUGGUCAUUGGGGUCAGAGAGUCUUAUGUGAACCUGUGCUCCAAUCCUGAUGAUAAGCUGCAGAUCUACAGAGAUAACUUUGAGAAAGCCUACCUAGACUCUACUGAGAGGUUCUACAGGACCCAGGCACCAUCAUAUUUGCAACAGAAUGGAGUACAGAACUACAUGAAAUAUGCAGACGCUAAAUUAAGGGAAGAGGAGAAACGUGCACUACGAUAUUUAGAGACUCGACGUGAAUGUAACUCUGUACAAGCACUUAUGGAAUGUUGUGUGAAUGCACUGGUAACAUCAUUUAAAGAAACGAUCUUGGCUGAAUGUCCAGGCAUGAUCAAACGGAAUGAGACUGACAGGCUUCACCUCAUGUUCUCGCUCAUGGAUAAAGUGCCCAGUGGGAUAGAGCCCAUGCUGAAAGAUCUGGAGGAGCACAUCAUCAGUGCUGGACUGGCAGACAUGGUGGCUGCUGCCGAGACCAUCACAACUGACUCUGAGAAGUAUGUGGAGCAGCUUCUGACUCUGUUCAAUCGCUUUAGUAAAUUAGUGAAGGAAGCGUUCCAGGAUGAUCCAAGAUUCUUGACAGCCAGAGAUAAAGCAUACAAAGCAGUUGUGAAUGAUGCCACAAUAUUUAAGUUGGAGCUGCCACUGAAACAGAAGGGGGUGGGUCUCAAAACACAACCAGAGUCGAAGUGUCCAGAGCUGCUAGCCAACUAUUGUGACAUGCUGCUAAGAAAGACGCCACUAAGCAAAAAGCUGACUUCAGAGGAGAUAGAGCUCAAGCUAAAGGAAGUGCUACUUGUGCUAAAAUAUGUCCAGAACAAGGAUGUGUUCAUGAGGUACCACAAAGCCCAUUUGACAAGGCGUCUGAUCCUGGACAUAUCAGCGGACAGUGAAAUUGAGGAGAACAUGGUUGAGUGGCUCAGGGAAGUUGGUAUGCCUGCUGACUAUGUGAACAAGCUGGCUAGAAUGUUCCAGGACAUCAAAGUGUCCGAAGAUCUUAACCAGGUUUUCAAGGAGAUGCACAAACAUAACAAGCUGGCUUUGCCAGCGGACUCUGUGAACAUAAAGAUCUUGAAUGCUGGAGCAUGGUCACGCAGCUCAGAAAAGGUGUUUGUAUCUUUGCCCACUGAGCUGGAAGAUCUCAUCCCUGAGGUGGAGGACUUCUACAAAAAGAACCACAGCGGCCGCAAGCUCCACUGGCACCACCUCAUGUCCAAUGGCAUUAUCACUUUCAAGAAUGAAGUAGGGCAGUAUGACCUGGAGGUGACGACCUUUCAGUUGGCUGUACUUUUUGCCUGGAACCAAAGACCCCGAGAGAAGAUCAGCUUUGAGAAUCUGAAACUUGCCACUGAGCUGCCUGAUGCUGAACUGAGACGAACUCUCUGGUCUCUUGUUGCCUUCCCAAAGCUCAAACGCCAAGUGCUGUUAUAUGAACCUCAAGUGAGCUCUCCUAAAGACUUCACAGACAGUACAUUGUUUUUCGUUAACCAGGAAUUCUCCUUAAUAAAAAACUCCAAGGUUCAGAAGAGGGGGAAGAUAAACCUGAUUGGUCGAUUGCAGCUGACGACAGAGCGAAUGAGAGAAGAGGAGAAUGAAGGCAUUGUCCAGCUUAGAAUAUUAAGAACACAGGAGGCCAUCAUUCAAAUCAUGAAGAUGCGUAAGAAGAUCACGAACGCCCAGCUGCAGACAGAGCUGGUGGAGAUCCUUAAGAACAUGUUCCUCCCUCAGAAGAAGAUGAUCAAAGAACAGAUCGAGUGGCUCAUUGAGCACAAGUACAUCAAGAGAGACGAGACGGACAUUAACACCUUCAUCUACAUGGCGUAGCACAUAAAUGACCCCAGAGAUGAUCCAUAACCGUUCUGAGGAUGAUGAAGAUGAUGUACCUGUCGAGGACCAGCAGCGGGGGAGGGAUGGUGACAUCUCGAAGAAACUGAUUAGGCUGCUGGUCUUCUGGCGUAGUGAUGAGCUUGACAGUCACACAUCAGAGAAGUUAAUUUAAAAAAUAAAAUCCCUGCCUUACCUUACAGUGACGACAUACAAGAUGAGGAUAGGAGAUCUAAAAAAUAAAAAAAAGACGAAAAUGAUUAUAUUUUUGCCAUUGGUAGUCAGUAUGCAUGGUGGGCGGUUCGCCUUUUGUAUGUGUUGAUCUCCAGCAGCAUGCGGUCAGUGGACAUGUCACAAUCAUACAAGGAAUUUUUGUGUUUGCUGUGUUAAGAGUGUUUUUCCCUCCCGAAUCUUCCGUCUGCAUUCACGUCUACCCAUCCUCAGCACACAGGCCGGGCGAGCGCCGUCUCACUGUUAUUGUACAACACCUGGCUGUGCACGGCAACAACCGAGUCACUGAGGAGAGUGAACCAGGACGGAGGACUAGCAUUAGCACUUUUCACAUUCUCUGCCACAAUAUGUCCGCAUGGCUUUAUUUGAGUUGUUUUGUAUGACUUUGGGUUUUGUUUCUUUUCUGUCUUCAUCAGAGUGAUGAGUUUUGAACUAUCCUUAGACUACAAAAGAUUUUAGUGGUUAUUCAGAGUUUACACCACAAGUUAGUCUGGGUUUAAAGGGAUAGUUCACCCAAAAAUGGAAAUUCUGUCAUCAUUUACUCAUCCACCGUACGAGUUUUUUUUUUUCGUUCACUUUCCUUAUGUGAAAAAAAGAAGCAAUGAAAGUGAAUGGUGAUUGAAACUAACAUUCUGCCAAACAUCUCCAUUAGUGUUCCACAGAAGAAAGUCAUAUGGGUUUGGAACAACAAGAGGAUGAGUAAAUGAUGACUGAUUUUUCAUUUUUAGGUGAACUAUAUCGUAAUUGCCAGGAAAGAGGCAGCAAGUGUGGUUCAAGACGUCAUCUACAACGUCACAAAAACCUUCCCAUCCAUAUAUCCAUGGUCAAGGUCUGCAGGGAGAAUCAGGCUCACAUGGUGGUAUCAAAUGUCUGUUUGACAUGUACUUGUGAGGUGCCAGAGAACACCAAGCCAAGAAAGUCAGUGUAACAUAGUCACAAUUUUGUUUUAUUAGUGUUUACUUCAUGCAGAGGCAAGUGGAGAUGGGCAGCGUUUUCCGUUAUCGGUCUCAUUAUUGGUUAUUAUCGGUUAUUCUCUUCACCUCAUUGUCAAUUAUUCUCUUCACCCCAUCACAACCUCUAAAGCACAGAGUUACUGAAGUCCAAUUAAAGCAAGCACUGCUCCAAACUCAGGUAAAGUAGGGCAGGAGAGUUAAAGAGUAGAUUUUGUCGGCAUUCAUUAGCGGCUCACGGCCCUUGCUAAUCUCACAGUGCCAAAGCAAACUAUGAGAGUGCUGAUUUAAAGAAGAAAUAAAAAUAAUGUGGGAGAUAUUAUAAUGAUUUUUCCCAUUUAAUUCUCUUUCAGAGAAUCCGUACAAUCCUGAAAUUAUUUGCCUCUGUAAUUCUAGGAUGUAAUUUGUCUGGUGGUUCUUAAAGGGACAGUCCACCUAUAAUGUAAAUUCUGUCAUCACUUACUCCAAUCUAUGUCUGUCCUCCGUAUGAAGCUUGGCAGAAUGACAGCCUCUGUCACCAUUUGCUUUCAUUGUAUGGGAAUAAAAUUCAAUGCAAGUGAAUGGCAACUGAGGCUAACAAUCUGCCUAACAUCUUUUGUGUUUGCAGAAGAAAGUCAUACAGGUUUGGAACAGCAUGAGGGGGAGUAAAUGAUGACAGAUUUGUAAUUGUUGGGUGAACUAUCCCUAUCAGUCACUUUGAGGGAGCCUUGUGACUGACAUCAGGCAUAAACAGUUUAGAAAUAAUUCUGGGCUUUUUUGAGUGCUGGCCAGUGUCUUGCACUGUCUGAACAACAGCUUGUGCAAUUAUGUUGAUCCAAUGUCUGUUAUAAUCAAAAGAGAAGUGUUCCAAUUAUAUCCAUUUAGUGUCAAUGUUUAAUGGAAUAUUCCAGGUUCAAUACAAGUUGAGCUCAAUCAACAGCAUUUGUGUCAUAACUUUGAUUUCCAUGGAAUUUUUUUCUUUUUUUUUUUUAACUCAUCCCUCAUAUAUAUAUAUAUAGAGUUGUGGUUACAGCAAGGCAGUUACAAUGGAAGUAAAUGGGACCAGUACUUAAAUGUUACAGUACUCACUGUUCCAAAAGUAUGGCAAUAAAACAUCAACAUUAUACGUGUUGAAGUGUCUUUAGUGUGGUAAAAUCACUUACUAACCAUAUCUGUGUAAAGUUGUAUCCAAAAAUAGGAUCAAAGUAAAAACACGUUCAGCCUGCGUUCAUGUACUGGCACCAUUUACUUCCAUUGUAAGUGCCUUACUGGAACCUCAAUCUGUGCUUUUUGUAAAUAAAUGGGGGAAGAGACAAUAAUUUUUUUUUUGAGGUAAUCAACAUUAUGCCACAAAUGCUGUCGAUUGAGCUUAACUUGUAUUGAACCCGGAACAGUCCUUAAAGGAUUAGUUCACCCAAAAUUGAAAAUUCUCUCAUUUACUCACCCUCAUGCCAUCCCAGAUGUGUAUGACUUUCUUCUGCAGAACACAAAUGAAGAUUUUUAGAAGAAUAAUUCAGCUCUGUAGGUCCAUACAAUACAAGUGAAUACCAAAUUUUGAAGCUCUAAAAAUCACCAAGUCAGCAUAAAAGUAAUCCUAACGACUCCAGUGGUGAAAUCUGUCUGAUGAGAUAUAAAUGUGGGUGAGAAACUGAUCAAUAUUUAAGUUCUUUUUUACUAUAAAUCUUAACUUUCACAUUGUUUUGUUUUUGGUGAUUCACAUAUUUGUGUAUAUCACCACCUACUGGGCAAUGAGGAGAAUUUAUAGUAAAAAAGGACUUGAAUAUUGAUUGGUUUCUCACCUAUUAUAUCGUUUCAGAAGACAUGGGUGGUGUCGUGUGGAUUAAUUUUAUGCUGUUUUGAGUUUCAAAAUUUUGGUACCUAUUGACUUGCAUUAUAUGGACCAACAGAGCUCAGAUAUUCUUCUAAAAAUCUUUGUUUGUGUUCAGCAGAAGAAAGAAAGUCUUGGAUGGCAUGAGGGUGAGUAAAUGAUGAGAGAAUGUACAUUUUUGGGUGAACUAUCCCUUUAAGAGUGUGCAGAAAAGUAUUAGCUCUUAUAGGCAUGUUUCAAAUAUCGACAGUCUUUGAUCAAUUUCAGAUGCAGUUUUUUUUAGUGGGUUUGGUGUUGUAUAUUAAUUACUGUUGGUUGUUUUAAACCUAGACAAACAUCGCAUAACUUGAACUGAUUUGUUAUACACUCAACAUGUACCACAAUAUUUUAAUGUGUUGUGUGUGGAAAAGAUUAACAACUGAAAUGUUUCCUUUAUUGGUUGAUGCCAUCAUGAUUUGCUUGACAGUAUUCUUAUAUAUUUGAACAUACAAACUAAUUGGGGGGCAAAUAAUACGUUUGAGGAUAACGCUGUAACUGCAAAAUAAAAUUCUUACCAUUGAUGUUUAAAUAAUGUAAUUUAUCCUUAAGCUCAAAACAGUGGAAAGGUUUCCAUUGAUCGUAGGGCAAAAAAAGUCAUUCUUUAUAAGAUCCAGUGUACAACAGUUUGAGAACAUUGUGUUAUUUGAUUGCCCACUUUAUUUAUAACUUAAGCAUGUUUGUGAGGGUGAAAGAGAGUGUGUGUGUGUGUGUGUGUGUGUGUGUACGCUUACAGUAGGAACCUUUUACAACAGGGUGGUGACGAAUCCUGUUACGUUAAUGCAUUUACCUUUUUCAAAUGUAAAAUCAAUGUUUCCACUGUCUGUGUUUUCUCAUAACAUUUUCUCUUGGUAAAUACUUCUAUUUUAUUUGGAGAAGCACUAUCAUUUUCUAAUGAAGUCUGUUGUGUGAAUGUGUUAUGUUGAAGCCAGAUUUUGACCCUCCCUUCUUUGUUGUUGGAUUACAUCAAAUGCAAUGCAGUCCCAAAAACUUUUCAGAAGUUUCAAUUCAUUGGUGUGGAAGAGGGCGAAAGUGAAAAAAAAAAAACUUGCGUGAACCACCUGGAGGGAAUGCUACAUUUAAAAGUUUUAAAUUGUUUUUUUUUUUUUUUGGGUCUACAUGAGAUAUAUGUAGUAUAUUCUCUGAUGCACAUGGAAUGAUUAAUGUGAGUGUGUGCGCACAACACUCAAAGUGGUACAGUGCAAGUAUCCUGCAUACACGUAUAAACACAUAUAAACAUGAAAAGUUCUUUUGGAACACUCAAGCAGUGGAAUUGUGUAACCAAGUGGAAUUAUUAGCCAUAUAGUUUGAUGAGGUCAUGUGUUUGGGUGCACUUUUGGUGUGAUCGCUUACUGAGCGGCACAACGGUGUGAUUUGAGGAUUUUCAUCAUUCUAAUACUGUAUCACUCCUAUGAAUAAUGUGUCUUGUAAGCACUGGCUGUCCUUUAUCACAUUUCAGGUAGGAGUGGUGUAUUUUGUGUUCUGAAGAGUGUCUUCCAUUACUGUCACCGAAUGAGAGUUUGUAUAUUGCAAAACUGCAAAUUAUCUUUUGAAAGGGUUGUCUCAUAAAAACAUCUCUUAAUAGGUUAAUAACUGUUACUUUAGUCCGGUAUGAUGCAUUCAUAUUUCUUAUCAGUAUUCAUAUUAGUAGAGUGAACUGCUCAAUAAUAAAUAUUCAUUUGUAUGACACAUGAGUAACGUGCUGCAAUCAUUUACCAUCUUUUCCCGAAUUUCCACUCAUAUUUACUGUAUCCUCUAUGCGGUUCAGUAGGACACUGAACACACAAAAUUGAGUUCCCUUUAGUGUGACAUGCUGUUUUUGUGACAAGCAAAACUAAAUGUAAUGCUAAGAAGGUGCAAAUGCUCUGCCUAUAUGUCUGUUUUCAAGAUUUAUUGCCUGAAGCCUGAAAAGCUUCAAGAUUAUUUGAAAUGUAUCUCUGACAUGUUUGAGGUGAAAUGUGUGCCCUUGUUCAGUGAUCUGAAUCUGGAGGAAUGUUGAAUGGACGCUGUUGCAGUCUAAAUGAACAUUUCCAUGUACUGCAUUUGAAUUGAUUUUCUUUGAUUUGUUUUUUUUUUUUUUUUUUAAGUUGUAUAAUUUAUUUACUGGCAAAAUAAAAAAAACUUUUAAAUGAG